GCCUCUCUGAGCGCAGGGAGCAGACGAGGCAGCGGCGGCCACAGACACAAGCCCUGGACCGAGCUGCCGGGAUGCCCGGGUCAGGCAGAGCUCCGCUGCUGCUGCUCCUCCUGCUGCCGCUGCUGCUGCCGCCGCCGGGGGGCCGGGCGCUGCCGGACUACGAGCCGGAGGAAGACCUCGACUACAAGGACCCCUGCAAGGCUGUUGCUUUCUGGGGUGAUAUUGCUUUGGAUGAAGAGGAUUUGGCCAACUUGAAGGUAGAUCUCCGCGUGAGCUCAAGGAACCGAACACGUUCUUCAGUGUCUCCUCCUGCAAGGAACAGUUCUGCGUCGAGGACCGGCAGACGUGCACGGACAGACAGACGAGUCUCCCGAGGCAGGCGAGCCGCUACCUCUCGGCCAGAACGAGUAUGGCCGCAUGGUAUUAUUCCCUUUGUCGUGAAUGGGAACUUCACUGGAUCACAAAAAGCCAUAUUCAGACAAGCUAUGCGACACUGGGAGAAGCAUGUCUGUGUCACCUUUGUUGAGAGGACUGAGGAGGACAGUUACAUCGUCUUCACAUACAGACCCUGCGGAUGCUGUUCGUACGUGGGCCGACGUGGGGCAGGACCACAAGCCAUAUCCAUCGGAAAGAACUGUGAUAAAUUUGGGAUUGUUGUCCAUGAGCUGGGUCAUGUCAUAGGAUUCUGGCAUGAGCACACAAGACCAGACCGAGAUGAGCAUGUGUCUAUCGUUCGUGAAAACAUUCAGCCGGGACAGGAGUAUAACUUCCUGAAAAUGGAACCAGAAGAAGUAAACUAUCUAGAUGAAACGUAUGACUUUGACAGUAUCAUGCACUACGCUCGCAAUACUUUUUCUAGGGGAAUUAACUUGGACACCAUCGAACCAAGAUAUAAAGUCAAUGGAGUAAAACCGUCUAUAGGACAAAGAACAAGACUCAGUGCUGGAGACAUUGCACAGGCCAGGAAGCUGUAUCAAUGUCCAGCCUGUUGGGAGACUCUUCAGGACAGUCAAGGGAACUUCUCAUCUCCGGGGUAUCCGAAUGGCUACUCAGCAUUCGAGCAUUGUGUAUGGAGGUUGUCCGUCACCCCAGGAGAGAAGAUCAGACUGAAUUUUACCUCCUUGGAUGUGUACCGUAGCCGAUUGUGUUGGUAUGACUACAUCGAAAUCCGGGACGGACACUGGAAGAAAGCUCCGCUCAUCGGCCGCUACUGUGGGGACAAGCUUCCAGACUCCAUAUUAUCCAGCGAUAGUAGGUUGUGGAUUGAGUUUCGAAGCAGCAGCAACUACGUCGGGAAAGGAUUCCACGCUGUCUAUGAAGCCGAGUGUGGAGGAGACGUCAAUAAAGAUGAAGGUCACAUCCAGUCUCCGAAUUAUCCCGAUGAUUACAGACCCAACAAGGACUGUAAAUGGAAGCUGCGCGUGGCUGAAGGCUACAACAUAGGAAUCGUGUUUCAGUCCUUUGAGAUUGAGAGACACGAUAACUGUGCAUAUGACUUUCUGGAGAUACGGGACGGCGACUCGGAAACCAGCCCUCUGAUCGGUCGCUUCUGUGGCUAUGACAAGCCCGAGGAUUUCAAGAGCUCAGGCAAUAAACUCUUCAUUCGAUUUGUAUCUGACGGAUCCAUCAACAAAGCCGGCUUUUCUCUUCACUACUUCAAAGAGGUGGAUGAAUGUUCCCGACCUAAUAAAGGCGGUUGUGCCCAGCGCUGUGUGAACACGCUCGGCAGCUAUAAGUGUGAUUGUGAUCCGGGUUAUGAGCUUGCUGCAGACAAGAAGUCCUGCGCAGCGACCUGUGGUGGCUUCUUGACCAAGCUUAAUGGCACCAUCAGCAGCCCAGGGUUUCCCAAGGAGUACCCUCCGAACAAGAACUGUGUCUGGCAGCUGGUGGCACCCACACAGUUUCGCAUCACGCUCACUUUCCAGCAUUUCGAGACAGAAGGCAACGAUGUCUGCAAAUAUGAUUACGUGGAAGUCCGCAGCGGUCUGACAUCAGAUUCUAAACUUCUCGGGAAGUUCUGUGGUCAAGAGCUCCCCCCGGUGAUCAGUUCGCAGUACAACAACAUGCGCAUAGAGUUCAAGUCUGACAACACUGUCUCGAAGAAAGGGUUCAAGGCGACGUAUUACUCAGAUAAAGACGAAUGUUCUCGGGAUAACGGGGGCUGUCAGCACGAGUGCGUCAACACUCAGGGCAGCUAUAUCUGCAGCUGUCGGAGCGGCUUCACCCUGCACGAGAACAAACAUGACUGCAAAGAGGCGGGCUGUAACCACAAUGUGACUGCCAGUAAUCAGAACAUCACCAGCCCUAACUGGCCGGACACCUACCCCAACAAGAAGGUGUGCACCUGGCUGGUGUCUGCAACCCCGGGACACCGAGUGAAACUGGUGGUGAAAGAGCUGGAGCUGGAGUCCCACCAGGAAUGUUUGUAUGACCACGUUGAAAUUUAUUCUGGUCCAAAUGCUCAAUCGCCUGUCCUAAAGCAUUUUUGCGGCAGCAAGGUCCCCGAUCCGCUUAUAGCUCCGGGAAGCCACAUGUUUCUGAAGUUUAUUUCCGACAAUUCAGUGCAGAAAAAGGGAUUCGUGGCAGAGGUGACAACCGUAUGCGGAGGGACGCUACUAGCAGAAGUCCGCACCAAGGACCUAUACUCCCAUGCUAAAUUUGGAGAUGACGUUCACCCUCCAGCCACAGAGUGUGUGUGGCACCUGCAGUCAGAGGGCAACUAUGGCGUGGAGCUGGUGUUCCAGAGCUUUGAGCUGGAGGAGGAGCAGGACUGUGGAUACGACUACAUAGAGAUCUACGAUGGGCCCAAUGAGAAUUCCCCCAGGAUGGGGCGAUACUGCGGGUCAGGGCCCCCAGAGGAAGUGUAUUCAUCUGGUGACUCGCUGACAAUCAAGUUCCACUCGGACGACUCCAUUAACAAGAAGGGAUUUCACAUUCGAUACACCAGCACCAAAUUCCAGGACACUCUUCAAGCCCGCAAGUGACACCCCACCGCUCCCUGUCCCCUGCCUCGUUGGAUCUGGAACCAAGGUUGUUAUCGGGGAAAGCCUCCUGAACUACGGGACCCCCCCCCCCCCAAAAAAAAAUAAAUCUAUGGUUGAAAGCCAUAUCACAUGGAAUAAAGGACUAGAUGAUCCUCAGGGAUACCCAAGGACACAGACUCAUGUUGGCAGAAGAAACUGGACUUUUUCCAUCUAUAUACAGCGUAUUCCAUUCCUACAUACAUGUAUACACGUGACAUACAGUCUGCUGGAAAGUCAUGGGUGCUGUGCUGAGUGCUGGUUACACAUAUAAAAGGGGGGUCCUACGUUAUCCUGUGAAUUCUGCAUCCAAGUCAUUCUGACGACCUGCCCCCCUAACUCAUUGUAUGCACCUUCUUCUCGCUAAUACUACUUAACCCUUAUUCUGUCCCCUCUCAAAUUUGGCGUUCUUUGACUCGUAUUCUAAGUCGAUGUAAAGGCCCCCCUUCCUCUACCCCCUCAUUUUAUAGGCAUCUCCCUGCUUCAUCCUAUCUCGAAAAAAGACUAAAAUUGUACUCGCUGAGCCAUAUACACAAGUUCGGGACCUGCGCCCCCCUCAGUGAGAGCGUCUGCCAUGAAUGCGUGUAAUCUAUGGACUCAUUAAAGAUGGUCGCCACUGUG